UCAGGUUCAGGAGCAAAGGGGUAUCCUUUGAGGCUUGAGUGGGUUUGAAGUCUUCUAGAGUAUUUUUUAGCCUAAUAGGCAGGCUUUAUACGUAGCAGCUGGGGAAACCAUAGUCCACAAGCAGAUUAGCUAUGGUGAAAAAGGCACGUCAGCCUCUUUUGAAUGUUCCUAAGACACCAAACCUUGAAAACGUGGCAGCCUUCUUUGAAUGUGCCAUUUGUGCCUGUGCCUUUCUACUUAAGCAUGCCCUUGUGAUCGUAUGAAAGCAGAUUAAUCCUUUUUCUGGAGGAAAGAUUUAAUGAUUUAUAAGUGGCAUCCUUAGUGUCUUGGAUAGAGGCAGGGGGUUAUUGAAGAGAAGCACAUAAAAUGCCUCUUGUUUACCCUGCUUUGCUGAGCUGGUGUGCACAGCGAUGAAACGGCCUUAAAUAGAGGCUGGGCUGGAUCCUCUUGUUUAAUGAGAGGUGCCAGGGUGACAAGGUAGCUCGUUUCAGAUGAGAAAGGAUUUUCUAAGAAUCCAGGAAAAAAGACUGGGAACAUCUUAAUCUGUCAGCCCUGUGGUUUAACACAAGUCUGUGUGCGGGAAUCAGAUCCACGCAGGGCACUCUCCGCAGAUGAUCCCAGGUCUGCUGGCCCCAUCUGGUGUUCACUCACCAGUCAGCCACAAAACUGUUUGAAAAGUGUAGUUCUCUCUCCAAGGAGAUUUGGUCCUUUUUGUUUUUGUUUUUUACCAACUUUAAAUAGUGGUUUUGGGUAACAAACAAUUCACGCGCCACACUUUAUUAAAUUCAUCUUACCUGUAUGUUGGAUGACUUAAUGGUUUUAAUAGUAUAAAGGGUAGGUACCCAGCAGUCAUCGUUUUAACUGAAGCAAGAAGAAUUGGGGUUAGGUGUAAGGAAGACAUUUCAGGCAAUGAGGUUUGUGGCACAAUGACCUAACUGUGAGGAGAUUGUAAGAUCUCUUUGGGGGAAGCUUUUAAAUAAGAGGCUCAGUUAUUUAAUUUAUUUUCCGCUCCAAAUAACACCCUGCCUGAAAAGAGAAGUUGGGGCAAGCUCAAGGCAUUCCACCGUUAAUUUACCACCUUCACAAUUUUUGCUAUGUCUGACUAAAACCGAUAGAAGUGUUUACUCAAGAUAUUCCUUGAAAUGGAUUCAUUUCUUUUAACCGUAGCCUUUAGUCAUCUUAAGCAGUGAUACCUUAUCAGUGAAAUCAUAGUUUGAUGAGCUAACUAUAUUUUAUUGCUGUGCACUAAAAUAUAUGACUGUAAUAAAAUAACGUUCACCUGUUUUUGUGUCCUCCAAAAAGAUACAUGUUCAAGUCCUAACCGCAGGUACCUGUGAAAGGGACCUUCUUUGGAAAUAGGGUCUAUGCAGAGGUAAUCAAGUUGAGGUCACACUGGAUUAUGGGCGCUAAUCCAACGACUGAUGUCCUUAUAAGAGGGAAAUUUGGACCCAGACACAGACAAAAAGGGAGAACGCCAUGUGACCACAGAGGCAGAAAUUGGAGUGGUGUGACUGCAGCCAAGGAACACCACGGAUCAUUGACUAUCACCAGAAGCAGCAAAAACAGUCACCACUGAGGAGUGCCUGGUGAACCCUUCGAGCAUGAGCCGCUACAGCGUGGACUCCUCCUCCGCCUUUAGCCACAGGGGCUCCCUGCCCACCUCCUCUUCGUUGUACUGCAAGAGGCAGAACUCUGGAGACGGCCACCUUGGGGGAGGCUCAGCCACCACAGUCGGUGGUCCCCAUACCAGCCCCAUGUCCUCUGGAGGCCCCUCAGCACCUGGGCUGAGGCCCCCUGGCUCCAGCCCCAAGAGAAACGGGACCUCUCUUGAAGGAAACAGAUGUGCCUCAAGCCCUUCUCCGGACAGGCAGGACACCCGGCGGCCAAGGAGCAGGAACCCCUCUACCUGGUCCGUGGAGGAUGUGGUCUGGUUCGUGAAAGACGCAGACCCGCAGGCUCUGGGGCCCCACGUGGAGCUCUUCCGGAAGCAUGAGAUUGAUGGCAAUGCCCUCCUGUUGCUGAAGAGUGACAUGAUCAUGAAAUACUUGGGCCUAAAGCUGGGACCUGCACUGAAACUCUGCUACCAUAUCGAUAAACUGAAGCAAGCCAAGUUCUGAAGGUGUUUAAAAGACAGAAGCAAAAUCCAGACAACAGAUCUCCAGAUCCUCUUCUGCCUUAACAACAUUUGCCACCAUCCCAAAGAUUCUCUCCUGAAAAAGAACAGCCACAAAGACUUGGUCUUUUUAUAAAACUCGUGCAUCAUGACCUUUUAAAAAAUUCAACAUGGCCCUUUUGAAAGGUUCUUCUGUGUUGAUGAUUUGCCAAAAAAUUACAAAGAAGCCUGUUAUUUUUAACAUUUCUGGUAGGUUGGUUGCUCUUAGGGUGGGUACUGUUUUUAUCAUGAGAAUGUGGAGAACUGAAUGCUAUCACCCAAGGAGGACACUGGAGACGUCCAAGGAUGUGAGAAGAACCUUUGUCCCUGCAGGCUCUGCGGGGACGCCCACCGCAGCACUACCUGUCUUUAGCUCUGACUUGGGGACCCUAUCAUUGUGAGCCUUGCUUAAUUCAGCUCUGGAAGCUGUCUUCUGAGGAUAAAUGCCUCACCUUGCACUAUCUGGAAAACUUGAAUUCUUUCACUCUCUGAAAGAGAAGGAAAAAAAGUCUUUUCUAUUCCUAGUUAUCUGAAGUACUGUGUUUCCCCACUAGAGGGCAGACUGCUCAUGUAUUUUCCGGACCCUCACUUCAGCAGCCUGAUAUUCAAUACCCAGUGGAUGGAUUAGGGUUUCUGUGAACAAGACCUAGCCUACACAGACACAGGGAAUUUAUUCCACAGUCAGCACCACAGAUUGCAAUUUGGGAAGAAACCGUCUUCUAGAAGGUUCUAGUUCAUAUCCAAUCAUUACUGACUGACUGAGGUGCACCAGCAGCAAAGUCAAGAAUUUGGAAGCACGUUCUUCCCAGAUGGGGCUUUGGAGUUCCUUCCCUUCCAGCGUCAUUACUGAGGUGUCGAUGUAUUGGCAUGCCGCAGAGCUUAGUGACAUUUAGCCAUGGUGUUUCUUUAAAAAAGAAGAAAGAUGUCUCUACUAAGCUUUGAAAUGGGAGAGUGUUGAUUUCUAGUUACAUCGUGGGAUUAUAUAGUUGUAUGUGUGGCUAAUUUUAAUAAUAAUAGCAUGUACACAGACAUGCUAUUAUUGGGUUUAAUUCAAUUUACAAAUAGGUUUUCCUUUCUCACCGUGGAGUAAUAGAAAAAAAUUGAUUUCUACCCUUUUGCAGCUGUGUCCAGGGACGGACAAUGAAUCCACAAUUUACUAGGCAGAAGGGCAGCCUUGUCUCCAUUCUUCUUUUGAUCCUUUUCCUUUCUCUCUCUCCCUGUCUCUGUUUUCCUUCCUCUCUCACUGAAUAGGAAACGUAUCUUCAAAAUGAAUUUGCCUUUGCCGCGGGCGUGUCCUCUUCCUUAAAAAACGUCUGUAGUGCUGUAAGGGAGGAGAUGAAUACUAGACUUUGUGAUCUCUGGGAGGGGGAAGAUCAAGGGCCACUCAGGGCCUCCCUUGGCCCAAUUGCAAAUCAGAAAAGGCACACCAUCCUCGGGAUGCAGCCUGGACGGGCGUCUUGGCCCGUGAGUGGAGCAGUGUGGGAUUACAGCCUUCUCACCCCUCCACCAGGUGACCUUGUGCAGGACAAGACCUGUACAAACUUGAGGGCAGCCCUGGGUAGAUCUGGAUAUUGAUCCUCUAUAAAGCAGUUAGAACUUGGACAAGGAUCAUAAGAAACAUUCCAAGCCAUGCUCUUAGACCCACUUGAUGAGUGGUAUUUGAGAAAGCACAUCAGAGCAAAAUCCUUUUUAGACACGCAAAUGGUGGCGGACUUAAAGCGUGACAGAAAAGGGAUAGAGCAGAGUGUCCUAAAACUGCCCAUGGAACUGAGCUUGAGUUAUCAGGCUGUGGGAGAGCUGAAUGUCUUGGUCCCGGCACCUGACAGAACUACCCUGAAUCAGGCCUUGGGACAGCGUCUUCAAGAUUUUGAAACAAUAAAUGGACUCUAUCCCUCAAAGUUUGUAAAUCGUGAAGUGCUCACUGCUGAUCUGGAGUUGGAUAGUUGCCCUCAAAAAACCAUGGGUAGGGCUUCCCUGGUGGCGCAGUGGUUGAGAGUCCACCUGCCGAUGCAGGGGACGCGGGUUCGUGCCCCGGUCCGGGAGGAUCCCACAUGCCGCAGAGCGGCUGGGCCCGUGAGCCAUGGCCGCUGAGUCUGCGCGUCCGGAGCCUGUGCUCCACAACGGGAGAGGCCACAACAGUGAGAGACCCGCGUACCGCAAAAAAAAAAAAAAAAAAAAAAAAAACCAUGGGUAGUGUAUAUAUUCAGAACGGCCAGUGUGAAAACAGUGAGAUCCAGAAAAUCCCACGACAGCCUAUGUUCCUCACUCCACCAUUUUUGCUCAAUUCUCUGAAACUUGUGGUGCCUCUUGCAUCAACAUAUACCUCAUAUAGAGAUUUUCAAAACUUUCUACCAUUCUUAGUAGUGCCUCCCUCGGUACAAACACAUCAACAUUGGUGCCGCCAAAUCAAAAUCAUCUGCAAACAAUGUCAAGGAGAUACUCGGAGUCGUUUUCAGGGGAGAGAGAUUUUCCCAUCUCAAGUCUAGGAGAAAACUGGGUCCACGUUCAUGUGGAACUGCUCUCACAGAGAUGCUAUCUCAUUUUGCAUUAAACUUUAAGCAGGACAGAUUGCUGAAACCAUGAUAUUUAAGGUUUGACUUUUUAAAAAUCUCAUUACUCUUGAAAUGAAUGCUGUCGCAUCAGAGAAUAACCUAAGGAGGAAACUCUUCCUUUCCUGUUUUUGCACUGAAAUGCAGUUAGCCGACCAAAUUAUUGUUGCAAUACUGCAAUUAAAUUAAUUUUCACCCCUUUCAAAAAUCUUGUGAAACCAGGCAGUUCAAUAGCUUAGCAAAUGUAAAACAUACCAGGCCAUCUCCUCUAAACGGACCUUAGGCAGAGUCAUGCCACGUGUGUCAUUCUCAUCUGAAUGGGAGCUUAUUUGGGGGCCCUUGAACUUGUACAGAUGUGUUACUUGUUAUUCCAUGGCAGUAGAUUUGCUCCAGGUUGUGGUAAACAAUGAUAUAGUUUUGCAUAAUUUCAAAUUAGUGUGUGUGUGCUCAUGUUGCAAACAUUUCCAAUUACACUUGUCUGUUAAACACGUUUUAAAAAAAAUCUAGAGACAGUUCUGUUGCCUAAGGCAUUUAAAAUAUUUUAUGAGGCACAUUAUUCCCUUUGUGAAGACUUCAGGUAAAAGAAGUGCAUUUCGUCUCUCUCUCUCUCUCUCUCUCUCUCUCUCUCUCUCUCUGUGUGUGUGUGUGUGUGUGUGUGUGUGUGUGUGUGUGUGUUUCCUGACACUGUAGUGGGAAGAGCCUUCGAAAGUGGCUGGGAGUGUAGCAGCUUUUGCAUUUGCUUGGUUUCAAAUGCCUUCCCAGCUUUGUAGCCCUGAGGCAGAACCCUCUCUAAGCUGUUACUGCCAAGUAUCCCCUCUAACACCAACAGGGUGUGCCCUGGAGGCAGCUGGGGGACAGUGCUGGGGUUCUGGGCCUGCCCAGGUCAGGUGCUAACUGGACUCACCAAGCCAGCCCAGGCUCUACUCCAUGUGACUAAGGGGACAGGCCUCGCCUGGGAGCCCAGUGGGCUGGUUUAGUGCCCACCAGAGCUAUACAGCGCUUCCAUCAUUUCUCUUCGGCAGGGCUGCCUCGUAUUUUCCUUUACAGCAGGAGAAAGGAGUGGGGAGCUCCUCAGGAAAACCAAAUAGGACAUUAAAAUACACUGGGGAGGAAUACUGCGUGAGAAGGAAACAGUAAAGAAGGGAAGAUAAAAAUAACUGUCCUAGGAAGACGAUAAGAGAGCACCUCUUCUAACAGGCCCAACCCUCUGAGCUACAGUAACCUAUUUUUGUAUUUAUGUGCUGCAUGGAAGAUUUCUUAUUUUAUUUAAAUUAAAAGUAUGUUUUUUAUUA